AUGACGGUGCUUACGAAACGUCGCAAUCAGCAAAACAUGAGUGGAGACUCGCCUUCCAUGUCAUCCUCUGGGGCUUUUUCGUUUGAGAGUGUUGUGCCCAAGCCUCCAACAACGUGGUCUGAGCACAUGCGGUCAGUGUUGUUGGCUGCUGGAAGGAUGUUGAGCCUGUUUCUAUUUUUUUUCUUUACGUGGCCAAUAUUGCUCCUUUUUCACGGGCUUCUUACGCUGCUUGACCGGCACAAUAGACGGGUUGUUUUGAAGCACCAACAGCGGUGGCCGUUUGAGAGCGUGCCACACGUGCGUCCAGUUCGGGUCGCCGCGUCCGGGGAGUUUCCAAUUGAGAAUUGGCAUUUGCGCUGUGAAGACGGCCGGCAGCGUUGGUGCUACGGCGAGUUGCUAAACGAGGAGGAGGGCAAUACACUCGGCAAGGCCCAAGCCGCAGGGUUAACGAUUCUCCCAUCCGAAGAUGUUCCCAUGGUGGGGGAACAUUAUGAGUGGGCAGCGGGAAAUGCCGUCACGCCAACGAAGGAACCAGACAUGCGUGCGAUUAAGGCAAAACAACGUCGGUUUUUGGAGCAGUAUCAGCUCGGUCUCCAUAACACAACGGAGAUACGUCGACGCGCCUCACCUGAAGAUGCCAUGCGCGAUGGGGUUGAAUUUCUGCUCCGCCUGCAGGAUCCAUAUUCUGGACAUUGGCCAAAUGAUUAUAGCGGACCAUUGUUUUUAACGCCUGGUUUUAUUUUUACAAAGUUUAUUGUCGCUGGUGGGGAUAUUCGGAAGAUGUUCCCUCCACACAGGGAUCAUCAACACAAAAAUGACGAGCCGUGUCGUUGUGGGGAGGCGGAGCGGGUAGAAAUGAUACGAUACCUGCGAAACUACAUGAACAAGGACGGUGGCUUUGGGCAACACACGGAGGGGCAUAGUACGAUGUUAGGGACGGCUCUUAACUACGUUGCGCUGCGUUUUAUGGGUGUGCCGGCGGAUGAUGCGGAUGCCACGCGGGCUCGGGCAUGGAUACGCAGUCACGGUGGUGCGGUUUCCGUUCCAACAUGGGGUAAAGUGUGGUUGUGCAUUGUGGGCUUAUAUUGCUGGGAUGGCAUUAACCCCAUUCCUCCAGAGCUUUCACUCUUGCCAGAUUGGUUCCCAUUAUCUCAAGGACGCCUCUGGUGCCACAGCCGCGUUAUCUCUGUGCCAUUUUCUUACUUAUAUGGUAUACGGUGGGCACCUGAGCCUCACCCCCUCUUGGAAGCUCUUCGCCAGGAAUUGUAUACGGAGCCAUAUGAUCAAAUACAAUGGGAUCAGCACCAAAGUAACAUCUGUAACUUGGACUGCUAUACACCACUUUCCUCCACGUACAAACUUGUCGCGGUGCUUUUGAAACUAUACGAAAAGUGGCACAUCAAAAGUCUCCGCAGACAUGCAUUGGAGGUGGCUUGGUCACACGUUGCAUAUGAUGAUGAAGAUACCAAAUUUAUUUGCCUUGGGCCCGUAAAUAAAGCAUUGGAUAUGCUUCUUACGUGGAUUCGAGAGGGCGAGAACAGCGGACGUUAUCAAAAUCAUGUCUCUCGCGUAGCUGAUUAUAUUUACAUGGGACCAGAAGGAAUGCGUGUGUGCGGUUACAAUGGCUCCCAGCUGUGGGAUACCUCUUUUGCCGUACAGGCUGUCUGCGCCUGUAACAUGGAGUUGUUGUACCCACAGCAGAUGUCUCUCGCCCACCACUACAUUGACGUUGCGCAGGUUCAGAAGGACCCGAAGUCAGCGGCUCACUUCUACCGCCAUCGUACGAAGGGUGCAUGGAAUUUUAGUACCGCUUCACAGUCGUGGCAAGUGUCAGACUGCACUGCUGAGGGUCUUCGUGUGGUUCUUUUGCUUCGUCACAAUCCGUUUUCGGUGAGCCGCAUACGUGAUGCCGUCGACGAGAUUCUUUCUCUACGCAAUGCAAAGGGUGGUUGGGCUUCAUACGAACCCACGCGUGCGCCGCUCUAUGUUGAGCUCUUCAAUUCCUCCGAUGCGUUUAAGGACGUGAUGACAGAUUACGCUUACGCCGAGUGCAGCAGCAGUUGCGUUCACACCUUGGCCCUUUUUCGUGAGCACUACCCGGGAUACCGCCGGGCGGAAAUCAACGCCGCUAUUCGGGAAGGGUUGAAAUUUGUCUUGUCAUUGCAGCGACCAGAUGGUAGUUUUUACGGGAGCUGGGGUGUGUGCUUUACCUACGCUGCGUGGAUUGUGGCUAGUGCACUUUGUAUCUCCCGUGAGAUACCCGACAUGGCAAACCACCCAUCAUGCAUGCGUCUCAUUGGCUUUUUGCUGUCCCACCAGAACGCCGACGGAGGGUGGGGCGAGGACGUCACCGCCAGCGUUCGGUCUCUCUGGGUGGACAACCCAAGUGGCAGCCAAGUCGUGAACACUGCCUGGGCGGUAAUGGCGAUCAUGUCAGCCGCUGGGGAGGCGGCCCGUUCGUUGCCAAGGUGGCGGGAACAAAUCAGUGUGGCGGUGGAGCGGGGCAUCCGCUUGAUCAUGUCGCGGCAGCUUGUCACGGGAGACUGGGCGCAGGAGAGGAUCAGUGGUGUGUUUAAUGGCAACAACCCGAUUCACUACCCGGGGUACAAGAACACCAUGCCGGUGUGGGCACUGGGGAUGUACAACACAUGGAAGAAGACAUACACCGCCCCCACGGCUCCGCUGAUGCAUCCGUCCGGGGGCAUUUGA